AAAAUUUUUAAUUUUUUAUUUUUUUGGAAAGUAAUCUAUAGCUAUUCCCUAUCCUCAACUAAGUGUAAGAAACUCCCAAAACCAAAGGUGAAUAAUAGUUGGAUUAAGCAUAUGUGCGUAAAUCAAACCUUAACUUAAACCCUAAAUGUAUCCUCUAAUUCUGAUUGGAUUGUUAAAGUAUGAACAUGGAUGCUACUCUAGGAACAUGUCCUACUUGUUAAUCAGGUUGGUGGCAAGUAAACCUGAAAAUAUCACUAGUUUGUGCCCAAGUGAUAACUGGUGGUUUAAUGUCAUUACAAAUCAAUUCAUCUUUCUGUAGUGUUAACCAUUCGAUUUUUAAAAUGGAAGUUCUAGCAAAUUGAAAUCGCGUUUGUCCUAAUUUCAGAGUUGAAGUCUAGUUGAAGUUUUAUUUAAUACCUCAGUUUGCAUAUGUCUAGUGCCUGCUGUUUUUAAAGCAUAAUAUAAACCGUCCUCCAUCCUACACGGAUGAUCCACUCCAGACGUUUCUGACUGCAGGGAGACCCGUUACAUGCGCUCCACUUCCGGAUUAUUGCUCGUAAUGAUCGCUCCGCUGUGUGGUUCAUCACUCGGAUGAUGUUCCAGAGCUUGUGCAUUUAAUACAUCAGUCAGUCGCUCAUAGACGACUACAAUAAGCUCCAAAAGCUGCAUUUUCCCGACGUUUUCAUCUAGACUCGUCGAACUGUUUUAUUGCACGCGUUUAAAUGAAACUUGUAAGGUUUAUGAACAAUCGUGCACCUUAUAAUAAGAGAUAUCAGCCCACGGAAUAUGAGCACGCUGCUAACUGUGCCACACAUGCUCUCUGGAUCAUUCCCAGCAUUGUGGGUGGGAUCUUACUGUACUUCUUAUCUGAUGACCACUGGGAGGAGAUUUCAGCAUGGCUUUAUGGGGCAGGACUAUCAAGCCUGUUCAUCAUAUCCACAGUUUUCCACACCGUCUCCUGGAAAAAGAGCCAUCUUCGGUCAGUCGAGCACUGUUUCCACAUGUGCGACAGGAUGGUGAUCUAUUUCUUCAUUGCAGCAUCCUACACACCUUGGCUCACGCUGCGGGAUCUGGGUCCAUGGGCCGCCCACAUGCGUUGGGUUGUCUGGGUGAUGGCCUCUGGAGGAACUGCUUAUGUCUUCUUCUUCCAUGAAAAGUUUAAAGUUGUCGAGCUGAUCUGUUACAUAGCAAUGGGGGUUUUUCCUGCUCUUGUUAUCCUCUCUAUGGCAGACAGGUCAGGUCUGUGUGAGCUUCUGCUAGGUGGCGGAUGUUAUGUGCUGGGCAUGGCGUUCUUCAAAAGUGAUGGAAUUGUUCCCUUUGCUCACGCUAUAUGGCACCUGUUUGUUGCAAUGGGAGCUGGCAUCCAUUACUAUGCCAUCUGGAAGUACCUGUACACACCUGUCAAUCAACCAACCAGUCUUUAACUAGCACAGAAAUUACAACUAGCCUUUGUGAGACUGCAGGCAUUUUGGACCUGAAGCCGUGUGCUAUCCUGAGACUGAUAAAGGAUCCAGUCUAUGGACGCAUUGUGUAAAGGUUUACAAUUUUCUUUUUUUUUUUCCAAAUGUAAAAUCACUGCCAGAUCUUUUGUAAACACACUCAUCCUGGAUAGUAACUACUUGACUACAGUUUUAAGGUGUUCCUGUAGUGUUUUUAAACUGAGACAUUCUGCCACUGCCAUUGUGGAGAUAAUCGUAUUUCUGUUAUGAAAGUACAUUCCGUAUUACUGUGCGCAGUAUCAGUUCUUCAUGCUUCUAGUGUUAUGCUAGUCUGGUACUCGUUUUUGGAUGUGUCAUGUCUUUGGAAAAUGCCACAAGUGCUUAAAGACAGUGUCCAGGGAGAAACAUGACUGGACGGGUCACUUCAUUCCAUAGCUUAACAACUAUUUUUAGGUUUUUCUUUUAGGUAAAUGUAUUUUUGGAUUUAAUUAUAGAAAGUACAUUAGAGAGUUAAGCAAGCUUACUUUUUACAGUCUGCUAUUUAAACGAGGGGCUUCUUUGCUUCUUUUCUUU